UCCAGAUGUGAUCAAAUUGCAGUGAAUGGCCUAGGAAAGAAAAUGGCUAAAAUCUGCACAGAACAGUCAUACCCCUCACAAAGAUCUGCCUUCACCCCUGAGCCAGCUAUUGAAUGGAUCGAGAGAGGAGAAAGUGAUCAGCCACCCCGUGGACUAAUGGGCAGGAUGUCCCAGUUCAUUCCGAGGUUUGGAGGAAGGUCUACCAAAUGUAAAGUUUCAGAAUGCAGUGAUUCAGUUACAUUAACGGAGGAGUCUGAAGACAUGCAAAAGGAUGCAUCGUUGGAUGACAGAGGACAGGACCAGUUGCGUAGGAGGAACUUUAACAACAAUGCAAAUCAUUGGCCUCUUGCAACACUGAAUAUGAACAACUGCAACAAUACAGAUGACAAAAAGGACGACAGAGAGAUAAAGAAAGAUGAAAAGAAAGAAGAACCAAAAAAGGAUGAGAAGAAAGAUGAGAAAAAAGAUGAGAAGAAAGAUGAGAAAAAAGAUGAGAAGAAAGAUGAGAAAAAAGAUGAGAAGAAAGAUGAAAAGAAAGAUGAUAAAAAGGAUGAUAAAAAGAAGGAAGAGGAGAAACCAAAACAGGUUUGGAUAAUGGAUCCAGCGACAGAUUUGUACUAUCACUGGCUGACUAUUGUAGCAAUACCUGUCUUCUACAACCUAAUGAUGCUCAUUACCAGAGCCUGUUUUAAUGAGCUGCAGGAUGAUUACACCAUCCUAUGGCUAGUUCUUGACUAUUCAUCAGAUGUUAUCUACUACCUUGACACAUUUGUGAGAUCAAGGACAGGUUUCUUGGAGCAAGGCUUACUGGUGAGAGAAUCUAAGAAGCUGAUGGAACACUACAAAAAGUCACCGCAAUUCAAAUUUGAUAUCUUCUCCAUGAUACCGACAGACAUAUUAAUGCUGAAAGUGGGCUACAACAAUCCCGAGCUCAGAUUCAACCGGCUUUUCAAAAUGGCUCGACUGUUUGAGUUCUUUGACCGCACUGAAACCAGAACCAACUUCCCUAACAUCUUUCGCAUCAGCAAUCUCGUCCUGUACAUCCUUAUCAUCAUCCACUGGAAUGGCUGCAUCUUUUUUGCCAUCUCAAAAACAAUCGGCUUUGGCUCAGACACUUGGGUGUACCCCAACAUCAGUGACCCUGAGUUUGGUCGUCUUGCCAGGAAGUACAUCUACUGCUUGUACUGGUCCACACUCACGCUCACCACAAUCGGAGAGACGCCGCCGCCUGUCAGAGAUAUUGAGUAUUUAUUUGUUGUUUCUGACUUUCUCAUCGGCGUGCUCAUUUUCGCCACCAUCGUCGGUAACGUCGGUGCUAUGAUUUCCAACAUGAAUGCAUCCCGCGCAGAGUUCCAGGCCAAGAUCGACUCCAUCAAGCAGUACAUGCAGUUCCGAAAGGUCACCAAAGAUUUGGAGGCCCGUGUCGUGAAGUGGUUUGACUACCUUUGGACCGAACAGAAGACCUGCGAUGAAAAGGAAGUGCUCAAGAACCUCCCAGAUAAACUUAAGGCGGAGAUCGCCAUCAACGUGCAUCUGGAAACCCUUCGGAAGGUGCGUAUUUUCCAGGACUGCGAGGCAGGACUUCUAGUCGAGCUUGUCCUUAAACUUCAACCGCAGGUUUUCAGUCCUGGCGACUACAUCUGCAAGAAGGGCGACAUUGGGCGGGAGAUGUACAUUAUCAAAGAAGGCAAACUAGCUGUUGUGGCGGAUGAUGGCGUCACGCAGUUUGUGGUGCUCAGUGAUGGUGCAUACUUCGGCGAGAUCAGCAUCCUCGGCAUCAAAGGAAGUAAAGCUGGAAACCGCAGGACUGCUAACAUCCGCAGUGUUGGAUACUCCGAUCUGUUCGCACUCUCGAAAGAUGACUUGAUGGAAGCACUAACUGAGUACCCAGAAGCCAAGAAGGCUCUAGAGGAGAAAGGUAGGGCUAUUCUGAUGAAAGACAAUCUCAUCGAUGAGGCUGCGGCCGCUGCUGGCGCAGACCCGAAGGACUUGGAGGAAAAGAUCAGCACGCUGGAGACUAAUUUAGACGUGAUGCAGACCAAAUUCGCUCGUCUUUUGGCAGAUUGGACAGCCAGCCAGAACAAGAUCAAACAGAGGAUCACCAACAUGGAGGCCCGAGUGAAGACUCUUAGGGAGGAGGAUUUAUCUGAGGUCGUGGGGGAUAAGAAGGACAAAUAGUUCUAUGCUGAAAUAGACUUAAAUUCACAGUAUGUGUCAGGAUCAUGGAUUGCACAUUCACCCAUACAGAGAAAUCUGGCAUCAUUUGAGAGAAAUUGGUUGAUCUCAAAGUAAUACAUAUACUAUUUAUAGACGAGUCAGUCAGAGACUUGGCAUUUCACAAGACCUAAACCUAAUUUGCGAAGGCACGUAAACAAUGACAGAUCAGACAGUUUCAGCCUCACUAAUGCAGGAUUUUCUUCAAAAGUAAUUUCGGACGCCAAAAUUAUCUUCUGCUUUUGGUCAUUUUGGUUCCUGAUGCUGUUGCUAUGAAGUAUUGCAGUGUGUGAAUAUCGGUAGUGUGAUGCCUAAAAUGGUAGAACUGUAGGGUUAUUGUGCAGCUAUACUCUCUGUGAGAUGUCAUGCUGUAAGUGGGUUUUACUCAGCAUUGGUAAAUUUGCACAAUAUCCUUCAAUUUUGUUGCAGUUUAAAUUUCAAACAUGUUCUCAGUAAUUGGUCCUAAGCCUUGUUGUCUUGUUGUCAAAGCUUUGCUUUUAUUAAGCGAGCAUAAAUACCAAAGCAGAACAUCCUGUAAUGUGAUAAAAUUGAGGGUUUUUAAGUUUAUUUUUUACAUGAGAAUAAAAAGGAGGGUUCACCAUUUUAGUCCACAAUGUUCUCUUCUUGUAUGUGCUGUAAUAAAUAAAAAUAUUUUAGAACUUUUCCUAACAUUUCGUGUCUACUGUGGAUUGAUUGGUUUGUUGGGGGAAAAAAUGAGUGAUCCAAGUGAUCAAACUGUGCAGUUAUUGUGAGCAUAAUCCUGUUCAGACUUGCCCUUAAUGUGACGAUCUAUGACUUCAGAGCAUGUUCUCCAUUGGGAAGGGUAGACCAACAAUUAGACCUACCAAACAUUAAAGGCUAGUUAAGGAGCUGUGUUGGAAAUGCAAACAUUGUAGUUUUGACUCCUGAGAGGAAAACAUUGACUGAAAUGUAAAAUGAAAUUAGGUAUCAGCGUCUCUGGGUGUAGUUUUUUUACGAUUAUUGUUUAACUAUUUUUUUGAAUACUCACUGAUUACAUAAAGAUAUCUUUGUCAUGUAUUGAGACAUUCAAUCAGACUUGUUUCAAAACUUUUCAUGCUUUUAAUCAGAGAUUUGUUUAUAGAUAUAAUCUAGUUGCAUGUUUUUCCAGGUCCUAAGUUUUGAGAGAUGUUGAUUAUGGAAAGCAGGUGAGAAUUAUCACAAUGAUUAUUACAAGAACAGCUUGUAAUGCAAAUGACGUGACAGUUAUCAGGUGUCAACCGACCAUGAACCUCGUGCAAUACAGGGUGCUAAUUAGGCUGCUUUUUCUCCCUUUGUCCCCAGGGAGAGGAAUCAAGCAGCCUUUUGCUAUUGUGAGGUGAAUGUGGAGGUAAGAGCAGUGCAGAAAAACUGUUGUGGAUGAGAGACUGUCAGACAGAAUAGACUCAGGCUGACAUUUGCUUGAGUGCAAACCAGACCGUGUAAAAUGGAAGCUUGGAAAGGAUCAUUGCUCUCUUCCUCAUAAUCAAUGUCUCACUGAAUCUAACACUUGCAAAUGCUUAAGUUGUCACAAUAGUAAAAAAAAAAAAAAAAAAAAAAAAAAAAAAAAAAAUAUAUAUAUAUAUA